AAGAUGGCGGUGCAUGGAGCAAGCGGGACAGGAUCGAUCACCGAAAAACUCGAUUGGGUUAGCUUUUCAUAACUGAGUCAAACACUCCAAAACCCCGCCUGGUCCAGCAGUUUGAACUCGGAGUGAAGAAGAGAUAAUAAAGAGUGGUCCAGAGAGCCUGCGCCUGCCUCAAGCCAUCAGAACGAUGGAGUUCCCAUGGCACAGUGGAAAGGUUCUGGAGCAGCUUGACCGACAGCGCAAGCAGGGCCUGCUGUGUGACUGCACCUUUGUUGUGGAUGGGGUGGACUUCAAAGCCCACAAAGCUGUCCUGGCAGCCUGCAGCGUCUACUUCCGCACCCUCUUCCUGGACCAGAAAGAUGUGGUGCAUUUGGACAUCAGCAAUGCAGCAGGUUUGGGGCAAGUCCUGGAAUUUAUGUACACAGCUAAGCUGAGUUUAAGUCCACAGAAUGUAGAAGAUGUGCUGGCUGUUGCCAACUUUCUGCAAAUGCAAGAGAUUGUAAAUGCCUGCUCUGCGUACCAGUCAAUGGCAAAUCCAACUCCUUCCGUCAUAACACUGGAUUUCACUGUUGAAGAAAAAACAGGUGAAAGGGAGCAGAGGGAGGAGCUUGAAAGUAACCUGGCAGAGGUGGCAUCACAGGCAGAGGAGAGUCCUUCCUGUGCUCCCACAGACGAUAAAGAGCCCACACAAGAUCAGGACAAUUUAAAGGAAGACAUCUCUACUGAAACACAACAGACCACUUCUCAGCCCAGCCCCGCCAAAACCAACUUAGGCCGAGGACGACCCCCAAAAACCGGCCCCCUGUCCGCUCAAAAGAAGACAUUUGUAAACAAGGAGGGAGGAAGUGCAGCACAAGAUGCACCUGGAUUUCAAGAUGACCCCUCUGAUGCCGAUUACACACCUAAAUCACAGUUGAAAUCUGCUGGCAGCUCAUCCUACAUGAGCUCUCGGGGGAGAAGAAUCCGAAAACCACCUCGACGAAACUUUCCACCUGACAAUGACUCAGAGGAUGAAGGCACAUCAAAGUCAAAGCCUGAGAAGCAGGUGGUGGAGCCGGUAGAGGUGGCUGAAGGACAGGAGGACGACUCUGGGGAGACUGGCGAUGGGGGAGCCGAGGAUGAGGAUGAAGAAGGAGCUGGAGAGGAAGACGACGAGGUCUGCCAGCAGGUGGAAGGAGACGAUUCGAGCAGCGACAGAGACGGGAGACAAACUCAGUCAGCAUCAAUGAGCAGCCGAUCAGAGUCAAAACCUUACAGCUCUGUGACACACAGAUGUGAGGACUGUGGAAAGAAAUUCACCCACACUGGUAAUUUCAAGAGACACAUGCGUAUUCACACAGGGGAGAAGCCGUUCAGCUGUCGGGACUGUAACAAGGCUUUCUCUGACCCAGCGGCCUGUAAAGCCCAUGAGAAAACACACAGCCCUCUGAAGCCAUACUGCUGCUCUACUUGCGGAAAGAGCUACCGUCAGAUCAGCCUGCUCAACCUGCACCGCAAACGCCACACAGGUGAGGCGCGCUACAGCUGCGACGUGUGCGGCAAGCUCUUCACCACAUCUGGCAACCUGAAGCGCCACCAGCUUGUGCACAGUGGUGAGAAGCCAUAUCAUUGCGACUACUGUGAGAAGGCCUUUUCUGACCCCACCGCCAAGAUGCGACAUCUGGAGACACACGACACAGAGAAGGGCAACAAGUGUCCACACUGCGACAAACGCUUCAACCAGCUGGGAAAUCUGAAGGCUCACUUAAAAAUCCAUAUUGCAGACGGACCUCUAAAGUGCAAAGAAUGUGGCAAACAGUUUACCACUUCAGGAAAUCUGAAGAGACACCUGCGGGUUCACAGUGGGGAGAAACCAUAUGUCUGUGUGCACUGUCAGAGAGCUUUCAGUGACCCUGGAGCUCUGCAGCGGCACGAACGCAUCCACACAGGAGAGAAGCCCUGCGUCUGUCUCAUUUGUGGCAAAGCCUUCACCCAGGCCAGCUCCCUUAUCGCUCAUGUCCGCCAGCACACGGGAGAGAAGCCUUAUGUGUGUGAUCGCUGCGGCAAAAGGUUUGUGCAGUCCAGUCAACUGGCCAAUCACAUUCGCCAUCACGACAACGUCCGGCCACAUAAGUGUCAGAUGUGCAGCAAGGCAUUUGUCAAUGUGGGAGACCUGUCGAAGCACAUCAUCAUACACACAGGGGAGAAACCUUUCCUGUGUGAUAAAUGCGGACGAGGCUUCAAUCGGGUGGACAAUCUGCGCUCCCACGUCAAGACUGUCCACCAUGGCAAGGCCGGCAUGAAGCGGCUGGUAGUAGCCGGGGGCAGCGCAGACGAGGGGGCUGAUGGGUGCACAGGGACGGCCUCCUCUGACAGCGAGAUCAACAUAGUUACCGUUACCACAGAGGACAUCGUCACCUUGGCAACUGAGGCCCUGGCAGCCAGUGCUGUAGCUCAGCUGACAGUAGUUCCAGUGGCUGCUUCGGUUUCUGCAGAUGAGACGGAGGCUUUGAAAGCCGAAAUCACCAAGGCAGUAGAAAAAGUGCAAGAAGCAGACCCCAACACCCAGAUCUUAUAUGCUUGUGACUCGUGCGGUGAUAAAUUCUUGGAUGCAAGCUCCCUUGCCCAGCAUGUACGCAUCCACACAGCUCAGGCCUUGGUCAUGUUUCAGGCAGAUUCUGACUUCUACCAGUACACCACAGCCACUACCACUGAGGGGGAAUCUGCCACAACAUGGCAGCCCGCAACUGAACAGGUCAUCCAGGAAGGGGAAUUGAUCUUCCGUGCCCAGGAUGGAGAGGGAGAAACAGAAGGAGGGAUCGUGGGGGAGACACAAGAACAAGAAGAAGGGUCGGGAGGGGUGAUUCAUGAGGAGGAGAGGGAGGAUGGAGAGGUGGAAACCCACACUGAGCUCCAAACAGAGGGAAAAGAUGAAGCUGCAGCAGAGGUGGAGGAGGAAAAAGAAGAGGAGAUGGAAUGUGAGAGUCAGGGGUAGUGGAGCAGAUUUGUAAAGGGUGUGUGAAAUAUCGUUUGUGACAGGAAUGUAAUUUAUACAGGAAGAGGAAACACAAGAAAUGAAGAGAGCUGAUGAGGCCUCAGAAUUUUAGCGUCCAAGGAUGUUAAAAGUAAACUUUACCUAAACUGGAUUCAUAAAGUACAACAGUUUUUAAACUAUUUUAUCUUAAGAUUUAUGGUCAUAAGUCAAGUCAUUUUUUCUGGUCCUAAUUCUGUCAGAUGAGGUGACGUUCAGUGAUUUGGUAAAUAAUAAUGAAAACUCUUUCAGAGAUGGUUAUACUAUAUAUAGUUUGUUUAUUUUUAGACUGACAUACAGGGUUGUGAAUUGUCCUUUGUAUUAAACAUUUAGAUCACUAUUCAGUCUUACCUAAUAUAACUUAAAGACCUCUCUGUGUUACUUUUCCAUUUCACUCAGGUGAAAUAUGUAAAUUUUCCUUUGACAGCCAAGAUAUUUUAUUGUACUUAGUUGAAGUAUUUUUGUGGAAAGCACAUUAUACAGAGAUUAUUUACAUGGACAAGUAGGGGUAGUAGGUUAAAUGAGGGAUAAUUAUCCCCUCCUCCUUCUUCCAGAAGUGGGAGGCCAUUUGUUCAUGUUCUGGCAAACACUGUAAAUGCUGUGCAUGUGUAAUAUUUGUAUAUUUGUUAUGUGUCCUCUAAAAAAAGUCUUAUUACCUCUGAUAAAAGAUAAGAAAUAUUUGUGGUGAUGAUAAACUGGUUAGCAACUCUCACUUUUACCAUGAUUGCAAGCAGCUUUUUUUCCCUUUUAUUGCAGUAAACUGAUUACAUUGGUCUGAUGACAGUGUCCUGUCACCAGUGGUUUUAUAUCAUUAUAUUGUCUGUUUAUUUUAACACCUGCAAGAUACUCAAAAUAUCAGUAACAUUGUUUAGACUCAGAAGUCAUCAUCAGAUCAAUAAACAAUCAUCACA